UCAAUAAUGGUCCAACACAGCAUCCCAGAACUCUGUAGGCAUUGGGUGGAGAAUGGGGGUGAAAGGGGUAAAGUAUAGAGAAGCCCCUCUAGUAAGAUAGAAGGGAAGCCAGAGAAAACAUUUGAGAAAGAGUUAGUUAACAUUGAAUACUUGAAAAAAGUGGUUCAUUCAGAACAUACACAUGAUCAAAUAUUUAAGACACAGUUUAAGAUGCGUGGACUUAUACGUGGAACUUUAUACUGUGCGCUAUGGUAUGGCAGUGUAGUAGCUGGUUUUUUAUUUAUUGCUUGUCCUAUGUUACCACUGUUAUUCUUUAGUCCUCCAAAAUUUCGAAAAUGUGGUGAUCGUUUGUUUUCCUGUUGGGAACUUUAUUCUACAGCUCUUUUAAAAGUAUUUGGUGUAAAAAUUUUUGUAUCGGGAGAUCAUAUAUCUCCAAAUGAAUCUGCUAUACUUGUUAUGAACCACAGGACACGAGUAGAUUGGAAUUUCUUAUGGGCUGCAAUGUAUCAGGCUUGUUUACCCAGUAUAGCAACCCAUAGAUUGAAAUUUGUUUUAAAGGAUCCUAUACGACACAUUCCAGGCCCAGGAUGGAUAAUGCAGAUGAAUGGUUUCCUUUAUAUAACUCGUCAUUGGGAAGAGGAUCAAAGUCGUCUAUCACGUACUUUGGAUUACUUAGUAGCUUUAGAUAGACGGUCUCAGUUACUUAUAUUUCCGGAAGGUACCGAUUUGACUAAAACUAGCAAAGAAAAAUCGGAUAGAUAUGCUUUGCAGCAUGACCUACCACAGUAUUCUUUUACGCUUCAUCCAAAAACAACAGGAUUUAGUUAUUUGGUUCAACACCUUCAACAAGCAAACUACCUUGACGCUAUUUAUGAUUUAACGAUCGCAUAUCCAGAUUAUAUUCCUCAAUCCGAAUUAGAUUUGAUCAAAGGUAAAUUACCAAAUGAGGUACAUUUUAAUAUUAAACGAAUACCAUCAUCAGAUAUGCCAACACAAGAUUUGACACUAAGACAAUGGUUAGAAGAAAGGUGGUCUGAUAAGGAGAAAGUUUUGAAACGAUUUUAUGAGGAAAAGACUUUUUCUGCUGAAGUUUGGCCACUAACAAGACUGCUUCCUUUACAAAUUGCAUUUGGUUUCUGGAGUAUUUUAACAGGUGCUGCAAUAAUUUUACUUAUAUUUUCACCAUUAUUUCAAUUAUGGGCACUGAUUUAUUCAACUUUCUUUGUUGCGCUAUCAUUUUUCACUACUGGUUUUAGUCAACUUGAAAUAGGAUGGUAUUGGCGUUGGAAAACACAUUUAUUAAGUAAGAUAUGUAGUUACUAAACUUCCAAAAGCAGUAUUUAAUGUGAGUAAGUUUCUUUAUCAGAUCAUAGCAUUUAUUUGUUUGUGUGAUAUUACAAUAACUGCUAUAUUACUAGAAAUUUUCGGUGAUAUUAAACAUAAUUUGAGUCAUAUACAUACAUUAUAUCAUAUAUGUAGGAAUACCUGUUUAUAAAAUCUUGAUAAAUUUACUAUAAAUUUGAUCAAUGUAAAAACAGAUUGUUUUUCAAUAUUGACUGAAGUACUUACAUUUUGUAAAAUAAUAAUGAUACUAUUUUAAAAUUAUAAAAAGGAAGGUAUUAAUAUAAUGUACAAACUGAGAAAUAAUGGAACUGGAAAAGUUAUAGUGAAGUUAUUGAAAUGUUAUAGUAAAACUUAACCCUCUGUAGAUUAUCUGAUUAAAUACGUAAUAUAUACACUACACAUUUUGAAAUUCUAGUUAGAGUAAAAUACAUCAGUUAUAAAAGCGUUUUGUAUUGUACAAAAAAUUAUGAAAAUAAUUUUUGUGAUUUCCUACUUUGUGAUAUUUCUUGACAAUAUCAAUUUAUUAUAUCUUUUUUUAAUAAUACAGUUUAAUUUACAUAUUAAUACAUUCCAUGUAUUGUGAACUAUAGGGGGUUGAAAUUAGUUGACAAAUUUUUUAACCAAAGAUAUUUUAUUAAC